CCACUAGGGGCGAACCGGGCACGCCCGCUCCAGCGUGGUAGUCGACGUUGGUGAACUCUGUAAAAAAGGAAAUAAUUGAGAGUUUUCCUAAGCAGAAUCACUCCUCGUCUGCUUAUACACCUCGUAGGUAAAGUGAUUAUCGCUCUUGACCAGUUUUGUGCAUUUUUUGGGCUUGCUUCGGGUUCCAGUUAUAUUUCUUCAUAAAAGUCCGUCUUUAAUACUUCUUAAAUCGUGGAAACGACAGGAACAAGACUUCUCCUUUCGUUAGAAUGAGUUCCUUGAGUGAACAACUUAGUUCUUUCAAGAAGAAAGUUGCCAACCAACCUAUCUAUGCAAAACCUCAAAUUGAGCGGCCAACAGCCGCUUACGUUGCUAGCCGUUCGGCUACUCCUACAGAUGUUUCUGCAACUUCUAGCCCAGCGCCUGCUUUAGGAAAGAAAAAAAGAAGUAAAACAAAUUUAGUAUAUUCUCAACCGGCUGAUUCUGGUGUCGGUACACAUUACCUUUCCCAACUUCAUUAUGCUGUUGAAUAUUUGAAAGAGCGCAAUGAACCAAAAACAGCAGAGGAGAUUGCUUCGUAUCUCUCAACGCCGCUUACGCCUAUGCUUCUUCAGCUGUUAAAGAAGAAUGAUCGCAUUUUGUACGAUGCAAGACAUGAAACAUUCACCUUCAAGCCUCUUCACAACAUUCGUUCUAGUGCCGGUCUUUUGGCCUACCUAGACUCACUCAAGGUACAUGCCGGAAUGAGUGUUAAGGAGCUAAAGGACGGCUGGCCCAAUGUCGCAGCAGAACUGGAAGAAUUAGAGAAAAGAGGUGAAGUGCUUUUACUUCGAACAAAAAAAGAUGCUGUUCCGAAAAUGGUUUGGCGCAAUGACAGAAGUUGUGAUUGUCAUGUAGAUGACGAGUUUAAGUCGGUAUGGCAUGAAAUUCCCAUUCCUCCUACACUUGAUCUAGCUACUGAGCUCGGCAAGUAUGGUCUCAAACCAACUGCUGUGGAUCCGUCUACCGUCAAAAAGAAGACACUCAUGCAUGCUUCCAAACAAAAGAAGCCCAAAACCCGCCGCGGUAAGAUUACGAACACGCAUCUUAACAUUCUUCGUGACUAUAGUUCGAUGAAACCAUCUUAGAGAGUCACAAAAAGAACAACGAUGUGUCAUACAUUCCUUGUCCGGCGUCGCUACUCACCGUCUCUUUCACUUUUACAUCCACAAAAACUACCACACUUUCUAGCUGACUUUUGUUCAACCCAGCCCAAAACAAAAAAAAAAUAUUAGUAAUAAACAAAUAGAUAAUGAAUGUUAUAAAACACUUAAUGAAAACCAACUCAAUACCAUUCCACCACA